AUGGGUGGAGAUGGUUUUGGCUCUGGUGGAGGCAGUGGUAUCUUUGGAGGAGAUAAAGGAGGAACCUUCGGAGGGGCCCGAGAGAUUGGAGGAGUUGAGGGAGUAAUUGGUGGCGAGGAUGGUGAUGGAGAUGGUAAUGGGUUUGGAGGAGAACCAAAGGAUGGCGGUGGAGAUGGUAAUGAGUUUGGAGGAGAACCAAAGAAUGGUGGUGGCGAGGAUGGCGAUGGAGAUGGUAAUGGAUUUGGAGGAGAAUCACAGGAUGACGGUGGUGAGAAUGGUGAUGGAGGGCUUGGAGGAAAACCAAAGGAUGGCGGCGGCGAGGAUGGCGAUGGAGAUGGUAAUGGGUUUGAAGGAGAACCAAAGGAUGGCGGUGGCGAGGAUGGUAAUGGAGGGUUUGGAGGAGAACCAAAGGAUGGCGGUGGUGAGGAUGGUGAUGGAGGGCUUGGAGGAGAACCAAAGGAUGGCGGUGACGAGGAUGGUGAUGGUGAUGGUGAUGGAGAUGGUAAUGGGUUUGAAGGAGAACCAAAGAAUGGUGGUGGCGAAGAUGGUGAUGGAGAUGGUAAUGAGUUUGGAGGAGAACCAAAGGUUGACGGUGGUGAGGAUGGCGAUGGAGGGCUUGGAGGAGAACCAAACGAUGGUGGUGGCGAAGAUGGCGAUGGAGAUGGUAAUGAGUUUGGAGGAGAACCAAAGGAUGACGGUGGUGAGGAUGGCGAUGGAGGGCUUGGAGGAGAACCAAACGAUGGCGGUGGCGAGGAGGGAGAUGGAGGGCUUGGAGGAGAACCACAGGAUAGCGGUGGCGAGGUUGGCGAUGGAGACGGUAAUGGGUUUGGAGGAGAACCAAAUGAUGGUGGUGGCGAGGAUGGUGAUGGAGGGUUUGGAGGAGAACCAAAGGGUGGUGGUGGCGAGGAAGGUGAUGGAGAUGGUACUGGUGAUGGGGGUUGGGGCUUCGGGGGAGCCUCAUGGAAAGGAGGAGUUGGUUGUGGUGUAAAUACCAAAGGAGGUAUAGGUGGAAAAUUAAAGCCAAAACAAAGUUUGGAGUCGGAUGCAGCACAAGGUUUGUUGCUACCACCAUUGUUGCUCUCACCAGCAGCAACAAACUCACCAAGUAACAAACUAGACCAUAACAAAACCAAUGGAAGAAAAAAUAGCCAUGCCUUGGCUUGCCUCACUGCAACACUCAUCGUAAGUACUAGAGCUCUGGCAUGCAAGAGCAAUGGGCAUGCCAAGGAUGUUUUGAACUGA